CUUUUCUUUUUGAGUGUGCAAGAAUUCCAUUCAAUUCUAACCCCCAAAAGAUACAAAAUUUAAGCCACGAAGCUUUCACCUUUAUUGGGAUUGGGUCACAUAUAUAUACACACUCAUAUUUGCAUAUUUAUAUAUAAUAUGUACACUCAUAUUUGCAGCAUUUAUUAGUGAGAAAAUUUUGGUUUCUCUGUUCUUGGACACAAAAGAAAGGCAAAGAGAAAAUGGAGUUGGUUCAAAUUCAGAGAAGGUUGGUGGACUACACAAAAUCCUUGUUUAUGGAGGGUUUCCUGGAUGCUCAGUUCUUACAGCUUCAACAGCUUCAAGAUGAUAGUAACCCAGACUUUGUCUUCGAAGUUGUGUCCCUUUUCUUCGAGGAUUUCGAGAAACUCCUCAAUGAACUCACCAUUGCUUUAGAUCAGCCAAAUGUGGAUUUUAAAAAACUUGAUAGCCACGUUCAUCAAUUGAAAGGUAGCAGUUCCAGCAUUGGUGCACAAAGGGUUAAAAAUGCUUGCAUUGCUUUCCGCAACUACUGUGAUGUGCAGAACAUUGAAGGGUGCCUAACAUGUCUGCAACAAGUGAAGCAAGAGUGUUACCUUGUGAAGAACAAGUUUGAAACUUUGUUCAGGUUAGAGCAACAGAUCAUGGCAUCCGGUGGGUCAGUUCCAACUAUCGAAUUGGGUUUUUAAGUAGCAAAUAGUGUUUUGUAAUGACAUAAAAUGACGUUCUCUUCUUGUUCUUUAGCAGACUUUGAGCUUGAAUUUGAUGAAUGAAGAGAUUUGUUAAAUAUUUCGUUAGUUGAACAA